AUGCUGUAAUGAGAGGAGAAAGACGUCGUCUGAAUCAUACCGUGAACAGCGCCGAGGGACAGGAGUGGCACUAAAUCGUAAUUGAGGCGGGUAGUUGGGGACUAGAAAGCCUACUGACUGGUUUGACGCGUCAGAAGUGCUAAGUGUUGUUUUCGUCGCCAACACCAAAUCACAGGCAUGUCGCGCUCGCGGCCUACAACGCCGAUCCGCCGGGUGUCACGCGGAUCGAUCACCGCGCUCUCCAAUUCGCAGUCGCAGGGCUAUGGUGGCGGUGGCUCUAACAAGGAGGCAGGCACGACGCCGCUCAGCUGCUUUUCGUCGGCAAUGGGCGAUCUGGCCGAUGAGAUGGCCCUCCUCCAGGCCAAUCUCGAGUACAUCGACGGCAUCCAGGAUUCGCUGCAGACCUUUGACGAAAGCUUCGCCAUGUUUCUCUACGGCCUCAAGAUGAAUGCCUUUUGUGUCGAGUGGCCAGAGAGACCCGAUGAGGAUAGCUUUGCGCGCGUCAAGGAAAGGCAAGCUGCGUUGUCGGGGCUCGCUCCAGCUUCAUCCAGGGCACCUCGUGUCUCGAUGGACGCGGUCUCUGUCUUGGGGCCCGACGACGGCAUUGGUGAUCAGACUUACAUGACGCAGGACGAUGACUUGCUCGAUCGCAGGCCGACCACGACAACGACUGCAGCACUGGCGAGGACGAGUGCUCCUUCCAAAGCUUCAACAUCAUCGCAACAGCAGCACCAGCAGCAGCCGCUCAAGUCAGCCCUGAAGAAGCCGUCGACGGGAGCCGCGUCUGCUUCCAAGGCUGGGGCUUCGUCUGCGCCUGCAUCGGCACCAAAGGGACGAAUCACUGUUGCACAAAAGAAGAAGCGCGAGGCAUACGCAGCACAGAUCAUCGACACACUGCCUCUCGAGUACCGGGGAAACGACCCAAAAACGCGGGCGCUCGCCCAGCACGUCAUCAUGGCCCUCAUCGCUGCCAGCAGCAAGGGUAUCCGCAUCGCCGACAUUGUCAAAGCGCCCGACUUUCCCCAGGCAAAGAUCAACAAGACGCUCAUUGCUCUCGUUAGUGCAAAACAUGUCCAGAAGCGCUCAGACAAUGGUAUCGUCUACUACCUCGAUGAGAGCCGUCAUGGCACGUUGCCGUAAAUUGUACAUUUCACCUAGACCUUCCGACCAUGUA